CCUGGGCUGGGGGCAGAGACGGUGACAAGUACACUCCAAGGCAUCAACGGGAGCCACCAGCCAGAAGCAUGCACAGCUUCCCAUUACUGUACUCCCUCCUUGUCUGCAAUGGCCUAAUGGUAGCUGCACAGGAAAAGGUUCAGAAGCUGCCCAAAGAAGAGGAAGGGAGCCCUGCUCAGAUACGCAUCCCACAGACUCUCUCUCGAGGCUGGGGAGAUGACAUUGAGUGGGUGCAGACAUAUGAAGAAGGUCUAGCACGUUCAAAACACAGCAAGAAGCCACUGAUGGUUAUUCACCACUUGGAAGAGUGUCCUUACAGCCAAGCUUUGAGGAAGGCAUUUGCUUCCAGCCCAGAGAUCCAGCAGAUGGCCCAGGAGGACUUCAUCAUGCUUAAUCUUGUGCAUUCCAGCAGCGAUGACAACAUGGCACCCGAUGGCCAUUACGUCCCUAGGAUCCUCUUUGUGGACCCUUCUUUGACAGUUCGAGCUGAUCUAACAGGCAAAUACGGGAACAGGAUGUACGCUUACGAACCAGAAGAUAUUUCGACCUUGAUUGAAAACAUGAGACAAGCAAAGUUGCUUCUGCACACAGAGCUCUGAGCAAGGGGCACCAGUGACCUGCACAUACACAGGCUGGAGAGAGCAGCCCCAGGAGCGCUGAGGAACACAGCAAAGCAGACGUGAGCUGUCCUUGUACCUUCCCUCAGAGAUGUUUACAGAGAAGCCACAUUCACAAGAACUCCGUGCAUCCUACAUCCAAUAGAUGCAGGGAAUGAAUCAUUACCCAUUUAUUCUUAAGAAGCGGUUUACUUCAAUGACUUUAUAUUCAUUAUUAACAGAAAAUAAUUUUGUCUACAAAUACUUCUUCACCCCAAUUACAAGUUUGAAAAGGAUACUUAUAUUAUAAAUGCAUUUUCUAGGUUUGCCCUGUGACUGACUAGCUUACUUGUACUUGUAGAAAUUGUGCUGUGGAAAAACUGCUCUUUUCUAAGCCACAGGUCUUUUAGUUUGGGGUUAUUUUUCAUUUCCACAAAGGAGCAGAAGCAGUUACUGAAAAAAAAAAAAAAAAACAAUUGGUUUGAAAGCAGACAAAAGUUCCAAUGACAUUUGUGAAGAAACCAGGGCUGAAGACGUCAUCUGUUUCUCUUUGUGCCAUUUCAUCAUGAACUAUAUCAGAAUGUAAGCUAGAUAUGGCCAUCAUAUCCUGAUUUUACAAGAUCUAAAGUUUUUGUUUUGCUUUUCUCAAUACAGAAGCCUACAUUAUACACACCUUCACAGAUUUUAAAUGCGCAUAGUAAUAAACAAGCAUAAAAUUACAUUAAGAGACACACAUUUUACAUUAUCACUUCGUGAAUUGCCAUGCUCAUUACUGUAUAUUUCAAAAAUGGUUUUAUUAUUAUGUUAAAGCUUUCGCUGUAUAAUUUAAACAAUAAAAAAGAGUCAAACUACUUGCUUUCCAAUUUUUUUUUUCCUUUUUCACAUUACAUUACAUGUAUAGCCAGUAAAAAAGUGAACUGUAGAACUGAAUGAAUACCUGUUAUUAGAAUUACAUCAUUAACAAAGUUCACUGAGCAAACUAGGUCUAGGAAAUAAAAACCAAGAAUUCAUAAGUC